GCCAUGACAUCAACUAGAUUUGUUGUCGUUGCUUAUAAAUAAUCGAAACACGAGAUCAAGUUUUGCCGUUUUUUCUAACCGGAUCAUAGCAAGCGUUGAUAUUUUUGAAGUGAAAAUUUUCAUUGCCUUUGUUAAUCGUGCCGUGUUCAGUUUGGGUUCUAGUCGAAAUUCGCUAUUAUCAUGAUCAAAGAACUGUAUCAGCCGGUGGAACCACAGUCUCUCCAGCCGUGUUAUGUGCCGGCCUCAGCAGCUAUAGCAGGCUCACUCAACGCAGGACGGAAAGCUAUGCUUUUAUCCGCAACAAAAUGGAAUAAAUUAUUGGCGAAUGCUGAUGGAGCCCGGAGUCAUCCCCAAACGACUGCCGCGUUCGAUAGAAAAAUGAAUGAAACGGAGUUUAAGGAAUACCUUAAGAAUGAAUCUUUGGCCAUGACGAAACAAUGGGAAAACACCGUACAGAACAUACGAGAGAAGAAGGAGUCGGAAAGACUGAGGAAGCAACAGGAAAAAAUCGAGGAGGAUGAAAUACACUAUCGUGAACUUAAAAUCUCCGACGAAAUACAACGAAAGGAGCUGAUUCAGAAAGCUGAAGAGGUUAUUCAAAAGGAAAAGGAAGGCCCAAGAGUACUGGAAAGUGCUGCCAAAUUUUGUGAAGUACUGAAAGCACGUGAGUAUCAACGCAAGUUUAAAGCCGACCGGGAAAUUCAGAUGAACCAGCGCCGUAAAGAACUGGACCAGCAAGAUAUUGCGCAGGCGAACCGGUGGAUAAAGACGCAAGCAGAGCGUUACAUGGAAGACCGCAAAAGGUUUGAUUGCUACAAAAAGGAACUCAAAGAAAAAAUCGAAAACGAUCGUAGGGAUCAGAAACUGGACCGUACUUUUAUGAUCGACCAGGAACGCAAACAGAACGAAGCUUUGGAAGAUGAGGUUAAACGACAAGUAGAGAAGGAGAAAAAAAUGUAUGAAAAGAAUAAGGAAAUGCGAAGGCAACAUGCUUUGGAAGCUAUGAGAAUGGCGCAAGAACGAGAGGAAAGAUUGAAGCGUGAAUCAGGUAUCGAGGAUACAUUGAAUCAGAUUUACAAUGACGGACAAAAGGCAAUCGCUGAUAAAAUGAAAGAGAUUCAUGUAACUAAACAUAAAUUUAGGGAUAACACCCAACUCCUACAAGAUGAUAUCAUACGUCAGAAUCAGCUUCUGGCGGCGGAAGAGAAAAAUCGCGAAAAAGCAAUCCAGCAGAAAGUAGCGGUGGCUGAUGAAAGGGAACGCAAAAAAAUUGAAUCUGAUAAACAACAGAAAGCAGCUCGAAUUCAAGCACACUUAGAUGAAAUGAAUUGGCAAAAAGCUAGAAUUGCAGAACAGAAGGUCCUUGAGCGCAAAGAAAUGGCAGACCGACUGAAAAAUGUUGAUGUAACGUUCGGCUUUGAUCAGCGCAAAGUAACGAACAAAACUAUCAAAACUCAUGCUCAUCGCAAAUUGUUGCUCGAUCAAAUAGAAGAACGCAGAACGCGCGAAAACGUUGAAUCCGAUACACGAGCCGAGCUUCAGUACAUGCGAAACAGUGCUGAAAAGGAAAACAGACAUUUCAUAAACUAUGCAGAAGAACUGAUAACCGACUCCAAGGGAAAAGGGAGGCCUGUGUUGCCAUUAUUGAGAACUGUCGGAAAUUAUAAACGCGAACACUACUUGGAUCACAGAGAAAAGGAGUUUACCCCAAGGCAUCUUGUCUCCAAUGUGCCCAUAAAUAAUAAAUCAAUUGAUCAAAAAUAUAUUCACGAUCCAGCCAUCAUCGAGAUGACCCCUGCAAUGCCGCCCAUUCGGGUGCGCUACGAACCUGAGCAGCUGAAAAACAUGAAUCCCUACAAAAACUGUAAGAUGUGAACAGUACAGUAGUUUCGUACGAAAUGUGACUUAUUCCAAAUAUUCAUUAUUUUGAACUCUAUCGUCUGAAUUGUAAUAGCACUGACAGAAAUGAAAUACCGAAGUACAUUUUAAUUUAAACAUUUUUUAUGAAAAUACAUGGUUAAUCUAUAAGAUA